GUUCUCUUCUUUUUAAUCGCUCGUACUUUAGGAGGCGCUGUGAGUUUCUUCUUUAGUUCACCGCGGGUAAAACCAUUGGAGAAAGAAGAAGCCUGGAGUACUCAGAAGAUGUUGAGCAUGAAAGCUCAGGUGGAUGUGAUGUGCUGUAAAUCAGUCGGAACUGAUCUGUCCAUGCUGGAUAUUGAGGAUUUCAUCACAGAAAUCUGUCAGCUGAAGAAAGAGGUGGCUUCACUGGAGGCAAAGCUGAGAGAAAGAGGAGACAAACUGAACAGAGAGGAUCUGGAGGAGGUGUCUGUGACAGAUGGGACAGAAGCUCAGGAUCAUGAAUCCACUGAUCAAACCUCUGACUGUAACGCUGGAGAACAGCAGAUGCUGCAGACGCCGCUGAAGAUGUGCUCCAUCAAACUGGUGGACUGCAGGAACUUGAUCGAGAGCAGAGGAGAAGAAACCACCGCAGAGAAACAACACCACACUGAUGAGGAAGAGGAGGAUGAUUAUCGUAUUGAUGAUGGGAAUGAUGAUGAACUUGAUGGUAAUGAUGGGACAGAAGCUCAGGAUUCAGUCUGGAGCGUCAGAGAUCAGAAAUCCAGAGACACACAGGACUCAGAUCUGAGUCUCACUUUACUCUGUUAUACUGACGCUCAGGAUCAUGAAUCCACUGAUCAAACCUCUGACUGUAACGCUGGAGAACAGCAGAUGCUGCAGACGCCGCUGAAGAUGUGCUCCGUCAAACUGGUGGACUGCAGGAACCUGAUCGAGAGCAGAGGAGAAGAAACCACCAUAAAGGAAGAACAACAACAAACUGAUGAGGAAGAGGAGGAGGAGGAGGAGAAUAAUGGGGAGGAUGAUGAGGAAGAUCACAGUGAUGAUGAUGAUCGGAAAAAGGAUGGUGAAGGUCAGAAUAAGGAUGAUAAAGAUCAGAGUGAUGAUGAUCAGAACAAGGAUGAUAAAGAUCAGGAUAAAGAUGAUGAAGAUCAUAGUGAUGAUGAUGAUCGGAAUAAAGAUGAAGAUCAGAGUUAUGAUGAUGAUCAGAAUAAGGAUGAUGAAGAUCAGAAUGAUGAUGUUGAUGAUGAUGACUUUGUUCCUUCAGAUGACAACGCUGGUUCAUCUUCUGAUGGAGAAACUGCCUCCACUUCCAAAGAGCAAUGGACCGUGAAGGACUGUGGAAAGACUAUCCGCAAACGCGGUCAUUCAGUGAGACAAAAGAGAAAAGACACAGAACAGAAAGAAUUCACUUGCAGGAAAUGCAACAUAAGUUUUCCUACCUUUAAAGAGAGGAAACGUCAUUCAAAAAAGCACGAAGUGAAGAAGGAGUUUCGCUGCGAACAGUGCGGGAAAGAUUUUUUCACCUUUACAUAUAAUAUGAAAGUUCAUAUGAAGACACACGAGGAAAAGUCUUUCCAGUGCAACGAAUGUAACAAGUUUUUCCGCAGCAUUAGUAAUCUUACUAUUCAUAAGAGAAUCCACACGGGUGAAAAGCCAUACAAGUGCCCUCAAUGCGAGAAGAGCUUCAGCCAGAGAACGCAUCUGAAGAACCAUUUACUCUUUCACACUAAUGAGAGACUGCAUCAAUGCCCACACUGCGAGAAGAGCUACAACGUCAGAUCAGAUCUUAAGAAACAUAUACUCAAGCACAGCAGUGAGGGGUCGCAAAACCAUUUACUCACACACAGCGAUGAGAGACCGCAUCAGUGCCCUCACUGCGAGAAGAGCUUCAGUCUCAGAACAGCUCUGGAAAAACAUCAACUCACACACAGUGAUGAGAGGCCAUACCAGUGCAGUGAAUGUGGAAAAACCUAUAAAAACACCACUUCUCUAAAAGCACACCAAAUAAUACACUCGGACAAACCGUAUAAGUGUUCGCACUGUGAGAAACGUUUUCAUCAUUCGACUCACAGAAAAACUCAUGAGAGGAUUCACACCGGAGAGAAACCGUACCUGUGCUCCGACUGCGGGAAGAGCUUCGCUAGUUCAUUUUCGUACAGGAUUCAUCGGAGAGUUCACACAGGAGAAAGACCGUAUUCCUGUAGUGAUUGUGGGAAGAGUUUUUAUAAGCCAAGUGACUUAAAAAUACAUCUGAGGACUCAUACAGGAGAAAAACCUUUUAAAUGCUCACAUUGUGACAAGACUUUUGCUCGAGCAAGUGCCAAGAAUGUCCAUGAACGACAUCAUACAGGAGAGAAACCUUACCACUGCUCCAUCUGCGGAGAGAGAUUUGCUUUUCUAUGGGGUUUUCAGACCCACAAGAAGAAACACGCUGCUCUUGAAUCAUAGUGAAGGAGUGGAAUAUAUUUGUUUCUUCUUGAAUAAUUAUUAAUCAAAGUUACGUUAAUCCAUGUAAAAAAAUAAGUAGAAUAUGGCUUAAGACUGCAUUUUUACUUUUUAGAAGCUGCUCAUGUGUAUGUGUAAUGAACCAUAUUUGAUAAGAUUCAGGGCAGAGCCAGGCAACCUUGAAGUACAGAUUAGUGUUCUCUGCGUAGGUGCGAGUGUUUGUCUGCAGCUAGAUGAGGAGACAGCUCUAGGAGGAAACCAUCAUUUGCCUACACCUUGAUGUCCAGGUAUCCGAUAUACAUUUCUGGAGUGACCUCUUGAGUUUAACCUCUGAUCACUUGCCAUCAAAAUAAUCACUAGAAGAUAUGCCUCAAGUUUUACGUCCAUGUGUGGAGACGUUAAUUAGUGUUUCAACUAACCAGAAUCUUGAUUACCUAUGUAUUGAUGUAAUUAGUGAUCUCUGUUAGAGUAUUAUUACUUGUGUCUAGCAUGUAAGCAGAGUGGCCUACGAACUCCCCAUCGUGAGUAAUUAAGUCGACUUCUGCAGAUGAAACUGCAAACUAUUUUCUUCAGUAUAUUUUUCUUCAGCUGAUUGCAUUUCUGACUCCUGGUAUUCAUUAAACACACCUGGUCCUUGGGGUUUAACUGUAUGUUCCAUAGCUUCAUCCUUGAUCGGUAAUUCGUUUUCUGUUGUGUAAAAAAAAACCUUGCGUGUUACUGGAUCAUGAUUUUAUGGAUGUUAAAAAGUAGUGUAAUUGUGUAAUUAAAUUGCAAUGCAAUUAAAGAUGCAAGUUUGUGUUA